CAUCUUACGAACUUUAUUUCCUUUAGACUUCCCAAGUAAGAAGCGGAAGAGGAGCCGCUGGAAUCAAGACACAAUGGAACAGAAAACGGUGAUUCCAUGAAUGCCUACAGUUAUCCCCCCUGGACUCACUCGGGAACAAGAGAGAGCUUAUAUAGUGCAACUGCAGAUAGAAGACCUGACUCGUAAACUGCGCACAGGAGACCUGGGCAUCCCCCCUAACCCUGAGGACAGGUCCCCUUCCCCUGAGCCCAUCUACAAUAGCGAGGGGAAGCGGCUUAACACCCGUGAGUUCCGCACGCGCAAGAAGCUGGAAGAGGAGCGGCAUAACCUCAUCACAGAAAUGGUUGCUCUCAACCCUGACUUCAAGCCGCCCGCAGAUUACAAACCUCCAGCAACACGUGUGAGUGAUAAAGUAAUGAUUCCACAAGAUGAGUAUCCAGAAAUCAACUUUGUGGGGCUGCUCAUUGGGCCCAGAGGGAACACAUUGAAGAACAUAGAGAAGGAGUGCAAUGCGAAGAUAAUGAUCCGGGGCAAAGGGUCUGUGAAAGAAGGGAAAGUUGGGCGCAAAGAUGGCCAGAUGUUGCCAGGAGAAGAUGAGCCACUUCAUGCCCUGGUUACCGCCAACACCAUGGAGAAUGUGAAGAAAGCAGUAGAGCAGAUAAGAAACAUCUUGAAGCAAGGGAUUGAGACCCCUGAGGACCAGAAUGACCUUCGGAAGAUGCAACUUCGGGAGUUGGCUCGCUUGAAUGGGACCCUUAGGGAAGAUGAUAACAGGAUCUUGAGACCCUGGCAGAGCUCAGAGACCCGUAGCAUUACCAAUACUACAGUGUGUACCAAGUGCGGAGGGGCUGGCCACAUUGCUUCUGAUUGCAAAUUCCAAAGGCCUGGUGACCCGCAGUCAGCUCAGGAUAAAGCUCGGAUGGAUAAAGAAUAUUUGUCCCUCAUGGCUGAACUGGGUGAAGCUCCUGUGCCAGCAUCUGUGGGCUCCACCUCUGGGCCUGCCAGCACACCUCUGGCCAGUGCGCCUCGGCCUGCUGCUCCCGCCAACAACCCACCUCCACCGUCUCUCAUGUCUACCACCCAGAGCCGCCCACCCUGGAUGAAUUCUGGCCCUUCAGAGAGUCGGCCCUACCACGGCAUGCACGGAGGUGGUCCUGGUGGCCCUGGAGGCGGCCCCCACAGCUUCCCACACCCAUUACCCAGCCUCACAGGUGGGCAUGGUGGUCAUCCCAUGCAGCACAACCCUAAUGGACCCCCACCUCCUUGGAUGCAGCCACCACCACCGCCGAUGAACCAGGGCCCCCACCCACCUGGGCACCAUGGCCCUCCUCCAAUGGGUAAAUCAGUACCUGGGAAGUACGCCUGUGGGCUCUGGGGUCUAUCGCCUGCAUCAAGGAAAAGGUAUGAUGCCGCCACCGCCUAUGGGCAUGAUGCCGCCACCGCCGCCGCCACCCAGUGGGCAACCUCCUCCCCCGCCUACUGGUCCUCUUCCUCCAUGGCAACAGCAGCAGCAGCAGCCUCCACCACCCCCUCCGCCCAGCAGCAGUAUGGCUUCCAGUACCCCCUUGCCAUGGCAGCAAAGAUCCCUCCCCGCAGCGGCGAUGGCCCGAGCCAUGAGAGUGAGGACUUUCCGCGCCCAUUGGUGACCCUUCCAGGCAGACAGCCUCAGCAGCGCCCCUGGUGGACAGGAUGGUUCGGCAAAGCAGCCUGAGUUAUUUUUGUGGACGGAAUCGGAACACGCUGGCUCCAUAUUGUGAAAUUUUUAUUAAUUUUUUUCUUUUUCCUUUGUUAUUUCCUUAUCUCUUCCUUCCUUCAGACUCCGUCCAAGGAGAUGCUCUCCCCGGUCUUCUGCUGCAAUCAGAUUACUUUGCCUUUUCUCCAUUCCUCAUUCUUCUCUUUCCAAGGAGAGAGGAGCAAAUGGUUUUAGGCCAAGGCCUUGGCCACUAAUGUCAGGCUAGUUUGGACAGGGGUGUUCCUUUGGUUCUAAGAUUUCCAAGGUGCCAUCGCCACCCCAAGAUUAUUAUUUUUUUUAAGUGUGGAAUUUUGUGUCUCCUACCCUCAUAGAGUAGUGGCUUAACCUCCAGCUCCGGGAUUCAUGUCCAUCCUGACACCCUGCCAGCAGUAGGUGUGGCUGCCCACGCCACCUUGGGUUUGUCUGCCAGACCAGGUCGUUUCCAUGUUCCUGAGCACCUCAGCUGCCUCAUAUUCCAUUUGUUCCUCUCCUUCCUGGAAGGCUUCCUUUUAAAUUUUCUUUUAAUUCCAAAUGUCUGGAUGUUUUGCAGUGUCUAGGGUGUUGAGCCCCUUGUUUUUUUCAUUCUGCUCCCCCACCCCAUCCCUUUUCAUGGAGUGAUUAUGUUGACAAUAAUGUAUAACGCGCGUUCUCUUCACUGGUUUAUCUGCAGAAAUUUCUCUGGGCUUUUUUUUUUUCCAGUGUAUGAUUCAACACUGCGUUAAAGGGGGAUGUUCCAUUGAAUAAAAGAGCAGUGUGGUUUUC